AUUUUUGUUUAUUUAUUUGUUUGUUUGUUUGUAUUUACUUACUUUUGCAGUUAGAAAAGCAUUAGAAUUAAAUUGGAAAGAUUCUACUUAAGGCAAGUAUUAAGAAAACUGUAAAUGAAUUUUAAACAAGUUAAUAUAGGAUGCAUCUAAAAAGAUAUUUUAAGGAGCAAUUACUCUGUAUCUCAUUAUUGUUGGAAUGAAAAUGAAGGAACAGUUUUAAUUUAUGAUGGGCAUAAAAAUCUAAUUUUGUAUAAUUUAAAGAAAAUGAAGGAAGAAAAAAAAUUAAAUUUCUCUAAUUUAUCUAAAUCGAGGCAUGUUUAGAAUGCAUGCUACGUUAAAGCUUAUAAUGUAUAUUUUGUAUUAUCAGAUGAUUGGUGGAUGUAUGUAAUUAGGGCUACCGAAUUUGAGUUUGCAGCUAAAUUUUAAUCUGAGGUGAAAUACGCAAUGUUUAUGCAUUACAUUGAACAUAAAAAUGCUUUCAUAAGUGUUACUAAUGAGUAAUGCCACUAUGUUUAAGUGAAAUUUAAGACAAAUUUAAAACCUUAAAAGUAUUCAUCAUUUGUUGAAUUCUAGUGUGAAGUUAUUUAACACUUAGAAGUACAAGAUCCUAUGAGCUGGAAUAAGGGUUACUGCUUUUAGGCUGAAGAAAGCAAAUUAUUAACUUGGGAUAUUAAUGAUGUUAGUGUUUUCAAUACUGAUAAGCAGCUUUAAACUGUUUUUAUGCUUAAAGGAAUAGGAAACAAAGACACAAACAUUAACUGCUGCAUUUAUUUAGGAAAGUAUGAGUAUUUAAUCGCAGGAUACUAUGGAGGAGCUAUGAAAGUUUGGAAGGUUGAGCAAGAUGGGACAAAUAGAAAGAUCCUUAUGCAUACUUUUGAUGCUCACAGCAGAUAAGUUUUAUCAAUAUGCAAGCACUCGACUGAACCCAAAAUGGUGGUUUCAGCAGGAUCAGAUCACACUUUAAAAUACUGGAAUAUAGAUACAUUUUAAUUUUUAUUUAGCUUUAGAGCUGCAAACAUUUACAAUCACAUUAUUCUUCUUUCGUCAUCAUUUUUUAUAACUACUUAAGAUGAUGUCACUUCGGCAGGAUAUGUAACAGGAUCUCUUACAUUUCUUUAUACUCACAGUUCAGAAGUUAUUGGUAUUGAUAAAACCUACUCAACAACUUCUGAGAGUAAUGGGCACACAUUAAAAAGGGUUUAACUUACACUCAAAAAUAAUUCAGGACUAUCCCUUGAUAGUGAAUUACUAUAAGAUUACAAAUUAAGCAGUAAUCCUUCGAAUAAUCCAGUAUCUGUUUUAUAUCCUCCUCCCGUAAGUAAAAAAAUACUUAAUAUAGUUACUUGUCCUUACAACGAGGAUAUUUUGUUUAUCCACAUAGAAACAGGAGGAUUUUGCAAGUAUUAAUUUAAAAAAAGUACAGAAAAUACACUCUUUUUUAUUGAAACUAUUAUCAAUCCAAAUUAAUUUCUUGAUUUUCAAUCUAAGCCUUUUUCACAGCAAAUAACUUCUAUGAAAUUUCUAGACAUAAUUCCACCAAAAUAUGACAUGGAUAUAGGCGAUGCUGCUAAUUUUGGAUAUGACAAGGAGAACCAAGUUUUGACAUUAGAAGAAUAUUAAAAUAAGAUAAAUGAUUUAAAAUUAGUAGCAUUUGGAAGUGAAAAAGGGAGCAUCAUAUUUGUCAGUAUGAAUGGUUAAUUUGAUAAAAUUUACACAAGGUUCACUUUUCAUCGAGAUGAAAUAUUAGAAUUAGGUGUGGUUAAAUAUAAACACAAUCCUACUGAAAGAUACUUAUUGAGUUUUAGCAGGGAGGGAUUCUUUAAAAUGGUUGGAUUUACCAAUAAAUCUGCAGAUUUGAUCAAAAGCAUAACUAUUGGAUAAAAUUUUGACAUGAUGAAGUGCUUUGAAAACAAAGUAAUCUUGACAACUAUGCAAGGAGAUAUGAAAAUGUUCUCACUAAAAGAAGAUAAAAAUUUAAUCAUCAAGUAGUAUGAAAAUACAAAUGAACAUGAACGCAAAAUUGUUACGAUAGAUAUUGAUUUGUAAAAAAAAUUUAUCUUGACAGCAAGCAAGGAUAAUAAGAUUAAAAUAUGGAAUUUUAAAAAAAUUAUAUUGUUAUAAAUUAAUUUGUAUGAAAAAUUGAGUGGAGCAACUUUUGUAAAUGAUUAAUUGGAUAUAGUUUUUUCUCAUUCUGGUAGAAUUUCUCUCCUAACUUACAAGUAAAUAGUUAGAGAUAUUGAAUCAGGGUUGAAAAAUGCAGAGGAAUACUCUCUAAAUGCUAAAAAAGGAUAUUCAACGAUAGAAGAUUACUUUUAAAAUAAUUAAACUGUUGUAUUUUAAGAUGAUCCUAAAAUAUCUUCUUAAACAUUUUUGGCUUCCUAAAAAGGAUUUUUUAGCCAGAAAACAAAAAAAUUUAACUUAGGUAUUUCAUUCCAAAAUACUAAUUCUUUUUAUGGAGAUGGAGAUAUAGGAAGUUCUAAACUUAAUAAACAAGCAAAAAGUAUUUAUAUAAGACGUUAAACCAUAUAAUAAUCUAGUUAAAAUGCAUAAAGUAUUUCGCCGUCACCGUAUAAAUCAAUCAGCUAUAAAGACUAACCUCACACAGUGACAUCGAUGUUUUUUCCUCAACCUAAUCAUAAUUCAGGUAAUGCCCAAAACGGCUAAAAGCAAGACGAAAAAUAUGUAACACUAUUUUAAUAGCAAGGAUAAAACAUACCUCUAAAUUAGUUAGUUGAGGAUAAUGGAAAAAAAAGAUAAGCUUAUUCUUUAAAUCCACACUAAAAUGCAACUAUUGAGAAUACUUAGUAUAAUUUCAAUAAAGUUUAUGGUUCUCCUAUCAGAAGUGAGAGAUCGCCAGCAUCAUCGUAUGAUACUACUUAGUAUAAAAUAAAUACUACAUCAAAAAAAUAAAGGUAUAAUACAGAAAAUCAUCAUACAGAGACAAGCGAGUUUGAUUAGACAUCAACUUCUUUCACUUAACCUAAGUAUAAAAUAUCUAACCAUAAUUUGAAUAUGAUGAAUUCUCCUCAUUAUUUUUAUUAGACAGAAGGAUCUUCACCUCCUGCUAACUCUAAAUUACCAGAAAUAAAAUAUAAGCCAACAAAGAAAAAAAUAGAACUAAAAAAUAAUGAUUUGUAACCUAUUUCAAAUGAUGCCUAAAAACUCUUUCAGCCUCUUUCCCCUGAAUAAAAAUUUGUUUGCAUUACAGCUCUGCCAAAGGAAUAAACGAAAAGAUACAAAUACAGUUUAUUAGAAAAGUUUGCUAUUGAUAGAAUAGCUAAACGGCUAGCUAGUUCGAGAAGGGAAAAUACCUUAAAUAAGAUAAUUCUUAAAAACUUAGGAUAACCCCAAGAAGAUUUUAGUCUAUAAGUUUAAUCUUCAUAAUAUAAUCCUUUAUUUAGUAACCUGACUACAAAUAUAAACUAAAGGAAGGGAACAAAGUCUUUUCAUCAUUAAAAUUGAAUUAAAAGAGUUAGUUAAAAACAAGAUCUGUAAAUAAAAUAACCAAAAAAUAUUUCAAUAAAAUAAAUAUAAAACCAAUAAUAAAAAAUAAAAUUAAUAUUCUGCAUAUAAAAAAUAAUAAAUUUAAAGUAACUUAGAAAGAUAUUAAAUAAUUUACUAAAAUCAAUAUAAAAAUAAAUUUUAAAUUUGAAAGAAAAUUUAAUUCAUACAAGAUAUAUUUAAAAAUUUAAUAAGUUGUAUUUAAAUCUAAAAUUAUUACAAAAAAAAUAUUUUGCAUUGGUUCUUGUAGUAUAUAAAAGUAUCUUAAUCCAUAUCAGUGUGUAAAAUAAUAGUCAA